AUGGCCCAUCGCCUUUUCUCUUCCGUCACUAAUGGACGCAAGAAAGCACCGCGCGAACUAAAAGAGCUCGGGGACGCCUUAUUCGGCCUCUGCUAUGCCUUGGACCAUCUCCGCAAAGAACACGAGACCAUUGUGGCCAGGGCCACUCUAGAGUCCGAAAUUGUUUCGGCGCAGGUGAAUCAGCACUUGGUGUACAUGAUCAAGUCCUGUCGGGAGACAUUAGAAGAGCUCGAUAAUGCCACGGCCAAAUAUCGAGAAGCAGCCGACGAUCCUCCACGCAUAGCGCCCCACAGUCAGGAAAGGGUUGGCGGCGUGAUAUUUGCUCCGCAGUUCAGAGCCCAAUUCAGAAUCCAAUGGAAGAGGAUUCUAUGGGAUAUACGAGGCGACACCCUAACCAAGUACCGGCAGAAACUUCAAGUCCAUACUGAUUCGAUCAAUCUCCUCCUAAGCACUUUCAUAUGGUCCGUCCUCCUAUGCGUACCUUUCUUCCUGCAUAAAUAG